AUGGAGUGCAAUCUCCGGGAAAUUCGGGAGGGCCGGGAUUAUAGCAGGGACGCCGCGUACCGCCAGGAGCACAGCCCCUCCAAAGCCAGCGUGAGCCAAAGGGCCGCCCCCAGGGAACUCCAGCCUCACCUGAUAUCCGAAUGGACCCACCUGAUCUCCGAAUGGACCCCCAGCUGCUCCUGCGCCACUGGUGGCUCCUGCACCUGUGCCAGCUCCUGCAAAUGCAAAGAGUACAAAUACACCUCCUGCAAGAAGAACUGCUGCUCCUGCUGCCCCGUGGGCUGUGCCAAAUGUGCCCAGGGCUGCACCUGCAAAGGGGCAUUGGAGAAGUGCAGCUGCCGUGCCUUAUGUUGGGACAGCCCUGCGUCCAGUUGUAAAUAACACAACCCCUACAAAUCUAGUUUUUUUUUAAACACAAACCUAACCCAUUUACUAUGUCUGUUUUCUUAAAUGAAAUAUGGGAAUGAUAAUAAACAUUGUUGGCCUUA